CUAUUUUUUCUCCAUUUACCUUAUGCACAAUUCUCACUGUUUCAUUCAUCCUAAAUUGUACCUGUCCACUAAUAGGUAAGUUUCUGGGGUGAUUUUUAGUUCUUUAUAGUGUAUCUUGUUUCAUAGAUUCUUCCCUUUCAUUGAUUUUAAGAAAAGCUUUACGACAUUGCUAGGGUUUUUUCGGAAAAGGUUAGAAGUUUGUUUUAAUGGCGGAUGGAAGCACUCCAAUCCGAGUUACUAGAGGCUCUACUGCUAAAAUGGCUGUUGUGAGUAGUGUCGAGUUGCCCCAUGAUAAUGUAGGUAUUGAAAUUACGGAAGAUGAAGGUGCAAAAUAUACCAAGUGGAAAAAUAGUGCUCAGACUCCAUCGAAUUCCAAAGUAUCUGAAUCAAGUAGUGACAAGCGUAGAAAAGUCAUUGUUGCCUCUUCAAAGAGCAAGGCUAAAAUUGAUGUUGAGAGCAAGGGUAAAAGUGUUGCUGAAGAGCAGUCUUCAAAACCAUUGGGUGCUAAAAAUGUUGAUGAAGACAAGUCUUCAAAACCAGUGGGGGUGAUAGAACAGGGAAGUAGAUUCUUUGUGAGAUAUCUUCCUACUCAUUUCGUGCACAUGUCUUGUCAUACUCAUACUGGAGUAUUUAAAGAUCUAAAGGAUAAACUAACCGGCAACCAACUUACCUUAUUUGGUGAAACUAUAUUUGGUGUAUUCCUCCAGAUGCAGUAUUGUGAGGUUCAGUCACAAAUGAUUAGGUGCUUCAUGUUGAGAGAACUAAAGGAAAGCUCUAAAGAUGCAUUUGUAAUGGACAUAAAUGGAAGCAUUUUGCGGUUUACUAUUAGGGAGUUUGCCUUAAUAACUGGUUUGAAUUGUAUUGGUGAUGAAGAGGAGUUUAAAGUUAAAGUUUACAGAAACAGGAAUAAACAGGUUAAUGGAAAGAUAUUUCGGUGGGUCUAAACUUCUGCCGAAGAAGGCAGUUUUGAUAAGCUUCUUUGAGCAAAACGAUUGGGGCCUCAACGAUGUCGAUGCUGUUAAGAUUGCCAUUCUAUAUUCCAUUCAUAUGUACAUAUUGUCCGAUCAGAAGAAUGCUGUAAAUAUACCAAGGCUUCAGUUGGAUUUAGUAGAGAAUGGACGCUACAGAGAUUUCCCGUGGGGCAAGGUAGCUUUCCACUAAUUAAUGAAGAGUAUCUCACAAAAGAUGGAUUCUGUGAAGUAGUUUUAUGCACUUCACGGAAUGCCACUUGCUAUGCAAGUUUGGCUGUAUGAGUGUUGUUCCAAUGUUGAUCCGACUAUUGCGGUUAGGAACGGGAACAACAUUCCCAGAAUACUGAAUUGGACCACUAUAAAAAGUCAACCAACAUUUAAAGAACUGAUGGAAGGCAUGUUUAAAGAAGACAAAACGGGGAUCCGUUUUUUUGGGAACAUUGUGCCGAUCGUGAAUGAGGUUGUUGCUCUUCAAUUGCCCCCGAAUGACGUUCGCGUAGCACCAACUACAAAUUUCCCGCAAUAACCAGUUGAUGAUGAUUUUACUACUACCCCACCCCGCGCGGCAAGGGACACUGAUGCAAAGGGUUUUGUUGCAUCCGAAUCUCCACCACACAAGAAACGUAGACAGUUCUCCGUUGGAGGUUAAUCGUCAAAGAAAGCAGAUCCGGUGAAUGAACCAAUUGCAACACCAAGAAAUACUGCACGGGGGGAGAGUAAGAGGUCUGUUUCUCCAAAGGCCAACGAGGCAGUCCCUCGA